AUGGGGCAUGGUCGAAAAUAUGUGGAGGGCAAGGAGAUCCCUGCGGAGAUGCUACACGAGAUCCUGCUAAAGCUGCCCACUAGGGACGUGGUGCGGUGCUCCUUGGUCUCAAGGCUAUGGCGCAGCGCCGUCAAGAUCUCCUCCUUCCGCAAGCUGCACGAUGCCAGCCAUGUCGCCGCGGCAGCACCACCGGAGGUGUUGAUGGUGUCGGAGCACCGGAAGAGGAAGGGCCGCUGCGCCGAGGCCAGCGUCUUCAACGUCUCGUCGGGAAAACCCAUGUGCCACAUUGUCAACCCGCCAGGGUACAGCCUCACCAACGUCUGUGGCGGCUUCCUCUGCUUUGCGCCGACGAAGAAGGACAGGGAGCAGCCGGCGAUCUUAUGCAACCCCGCCACCGGAGAGAAGCUCAAACUCCCCGAGACGACGAUGCGCGGAUGGAACGAUCUCGUCGCACUGGGAUUCAGUCCGUCCACCUCGGAGCGCAAGCUGUUCCGGUACACGGAGGAGAUGACGUCCGGCAAGAAAUACCUAGAAGUGUACACCUUGGGUGAGUCCAGCGGGUGGCGUCGACACAGUUACAUCUCCCAGCAUGGCCCUGCGUCGGGCUCGCAUCUGCCGGUGCUCGUCGGCGGCAAGCUAUACGUGGUGAUCGACAGGCCGGAUGGAUACCGCAGAAAACCGGACAGAAUACUGGUGAUCGAUGUGGCGAGCGAGAUGCACUGCACAUACCGUCUCCCACGUUUCGAAGCUAAUGCGCAGGUGAACGCCUUCGAGCUGCGCGGUCAGCUGUGCCUCGCGGUGAGCGACGGCGGCUGGUGCAAGCACCCCAAGGUGCAGUUCUGGGUCAUGCCGCCGCUAGAUCGGCUCGGGUACAGCGAGGACGAGGGUACCGAGCUAAACUGGGACCUGCGCUACAGCUUCUACAUUGAGGGUGAUUUCAAACGAAACUUCCCGUUCAUCCGUUUCAGCGACCCACCUAGGGGCGUCUGGCUUGACGACAAAGAGAUGUUGUGCUACAGGCUGGGCAACACAUUAUAUAAGUACGACACGAAUGCGGACUCACUUUCUCCCAACAGUGAGCCUCUGCAAUGGAAUCAGAAACUCGUGCUCCCACCGAUUCCACAGAGGUUGGACCGUCACUGGGGAAUUUAUCCUGGUUACCGUCCCACUCUACUCUCGCCUCUCACCUUUCUAUCGCCUCCGUCCAAAGAGGAGGAGGAGAUUCAGCAGUUUGAGCAUGCCUUAUUAGAGACGCUAAGGACCAAUAUAAGUCAAAAUGUCCGCUCCGCCGUGGAUGAGAGAGCAGCCAAGAGGAUUUGCGGCAGAAUCAACUCUUCAGACGUUUCUUUAUUCCCAGAUAUUUUUAAAUUUAGAUAA